CAAUUGUAAUUAAGAGAUAUCCCGCCGUACAAUGUAAACACAGAAUCAGACGGGGAGAAGAGAUCAACAUAACACCUUAAUAUUUCUUGGCGUAGACCCAUGAUUGCACUUUCGAAGGGAACCGAACCAAUCCAAAGGUAUAAUGUCAGAGAUUAAAGUUCCUCUCCAACCUAUGGACACCAAUCUGGUAUCGACGAAAGAGAAGGGCAUCAUGGCCUCAACGGAGAAGAUGGACUGUGAGGGAACGAUGCCACCCCCUCAGAGACAUGACGAAGAACAGUACCUGGACCUUAUCAGGCACAUCAUGGUCCAUGGACAGGUCAAAGGUGAUAGAACCGGUACUGGAACUAAGUCCAUUUUUGGCGCACAGUCAAGAUACAAUCUCAGAGACCAGUUCCCUCUCCUGACGACAAAGCGAGUGUUUUGGCGCGGAGUGGCUGAGGAGCUCCUGUGGUUUGUGAAAGGUUGUACCAACGCUACGGAACUCAAGGAUAAGAACAUCCACAUCUGGGAUGCCAGCUCAAAGGAUUUCCUGGAGAAGAGGGGGCUAGGUCAUUAUGAAGAAGGUGAUUUUACAUUGUGAUCUUGGUCAGUCUAUGGGUUCCAGUGGCGCCAUUUUGGUGCCGAGUACAAGGAUCGAUUCACCGAUUACUCGGAUAAAGGCGUCGAUCAGCUUGCCAAUGUUAUCAAGACCAUCAGAGAGAAUCCGGAUGAUAGGAGGAUUAUCAUGUCUGCUUGGAACCCACCAGAUCUCCCCAAGAUGGCGCUACCACCAUGCCAUGCUUUUGUACAAUUUUACGUCUGUAACGGAGAGCUUUCCUGUCAACUGUACCAGAGAUCCGGUGACAUGGGUCUUGGAGUGCCCUUCAACAUUGCCAGCUAUUCCCUCCUCACCUACAUGAUAGCACACGUGACUAACCUCAAACCAGGAGAUUUCGUGCACACACUGGGAGAUGCUCAUGUGUAUCUGAAUCACAUUGAACCACUGGAAGAACAGUUGAAGCGAACCCCGCGUCCGUUCCCCAAGCUGAACAUCAAGCGGAAGGUCACCGACAUCGACGACUUCAAGUUCGAAGACUUUGAGAUUGAAGGAUACAAGCCCUACCCGAAGAUCACCAUGCAGAUGGCUGUGUGAAGGUCACUGACAAUGAAGGUCAUCUUGAAGGUCAUGCUCAAUGACAGUCAAAGUCA